AUGCAUAAAACUUUUGAUACAUCAGGACAAGGACCAACACCUAAAAAGAUAAAAACUUCGGUACAUAACGAAAUUGGAUGUGAAGUUAGUUACUCGAAAGCAAGACAGAAAGCCUUGUCUAUCAUAAGAGGGACCCCAGAAGAAGGUUAUUCAUUGUUACCGGGGUACUUGCAUAUAUUGGAGCAAACAAAUCCGGGUUCGAGGACAGACUUAAAGUUAGAUGAGGAUAAAAACUCCAAAUGUUGCUUUCUUGCUUAUGGAACAGCUAUAGAAGGAUUUUCUCAUAUGAGGAAAGUAAUUUCUAUAGAUGGGACAUUAUUGAAUGGAAGAUAUGGUGGUGUACUUAUCUCAGCAUGUGCACAAGAUGGUAAUCAUCACAUUUUUCCAAUUGCAUUUGCUAUUGUGGACUCGGAGAAUGAUAACUCAUGGACGUACUUUUUCACGAAGCUUGCUGAAUGUAUUCCUGACAGUGAUGAUUUGUGCAUUUUAUCAGACAGACAUGUAAGCAUAAAGAAUGUUGUUGCUGAUGUCUAUAAGCUUGCACAUCACGGAUUUUGCAUGUAUCAUAUUACUAUGAAUUUGCGGUCCAAGUAUGGUGAUUGUGAAAUUCUUUAUAAUUUUCAAGAAGCUGCAAAAGCAUACACAUUGGAUGAGCUCUCUGUUUAUUUCGAUGCAAUAAUGGAAUUAAAUGUGGAAGCUGGUUGGUACCUUGAAAAUUCUAUUGGGUUUGAGAAAUGGGCGAGAGCCUAUUUUCUUGGAAAUAGCGGCAAAGCUCAAAAUAACAUUCAUUUAUUAACCCCUAAAGCUAAGGCGUUGGUUCGGGAUCAUUAUGUUGCCUCUUGUUUGCUAGCUCCUACCCAUUUAAACGAACAUGAGUUUCGUGUGCAUGGUGAUAUAGAUUUUUUGGUUAAUCUGGAGCAUAAAACAUAUACCUGCAAGGUCUUUCAGAUGGAUAAGCUCCCGUGUGAGCACGUGAUAGCAGUUUUGAAACUAACCGCAGGCCAAGACAUAUGGGAGGAGAUAUAUAUAAUGUGUGAUUCUAAGUACCUAAAUGAGACAUGGAAAAAAGCUUGGGAUAGAACAAUUUAUCCUGUUCCUCAUCCAAAAACAUGGAUAAGACGAUCAGAGGAAGAAAGAGUGGUUCAUCAGCCUUCCAUAAAAUUGCGAAAAGGUCGCAAGAGAGAGAAUCGUGUUCCUUCAGUGGUGAGAAUCCAAAGAGGAAGAAGCAGCAGAGAAAUUGUUCAAUAUGCAGGCAAACAGAUCACUAUAAGACGAAGUGUCCUAGAAGAUAACUGA